AUCAGACGCCCAGCAAGAGGCGAUCGGAUCCUACUACCUAGUCGAUCACGCACCCGACACGACCCAUAUCUAUAACUACAUCUACCUCGGCCUCACCUCUCCCCCGUCUCCAGCCUCAGCCACAUCUUGAGCCAGCUUCGACUCCUCCCGCCGUAUAAUGGUCAACUGGUCUUGAACACAAUCUACCUUGAUACAACCACAACGACCACGACACGACUAGACGCCGCCCACACGCUUCACUCCCUGAUCGUCACCCGACAGCCACUCAACCAACCCCCCUUCCCUCACCCUCUCCAACCAUCUCCCACAAUGGCCGUCCGUGCCCGCGAUCCCACUCACCCCGCCUCCCUCCUCCCCCUCUCCCACCACGACCCCACACUUGUUCACUCGCUCAAGAACAAGGUUCCUCUCGAGUUCUUCGACUUCGUGGCCCGCAAGUGCGAGCAGGUGGUUCGCAUUGAGCAGGAAGCACCAGCCCUCCCUUCCCCACCACCAUCCCCACGAGGCAGCUCAUCACGAUGGUGGGAGGCACCUCUUCCUCCCAAGGGCGCGUCAGAAGACCUGCCGUCGCUGAGCGACUUCAUUCGCGGUCUUGUUGUCCAGUCCAACGUUCAGAUGCCCACCCUCUCCGUCGUCCUCGUCUACCUUGCCCGCCUUCGUGAGCGCCUCCCCCCAGUCGCCCACGGCAUGAGGUGUACGCGCCAUCGUGUCUUCCUCGCCGUUCUCAUCUGUGCUGCCAAGUACCUGAACGACUCGAGCCCGAAGAACAUGCACUGGCAGCGCUACGGCCGCUUCUUCUCCCUCGCCGAGGUCAACCUCAUGGAGAAGCAGCUCCUCUACAUCCUCGACUACGACCUCGGCGUCGACGAGCAGAGCCUCUCCAGCUACAUGCACCCCUUCUGGAUGGAGCAGAGCGCCGCCGCCGCCGCCGCUUCGCCCGCUGCCGUUAUCGCGCCCGCCGCGCGUUACGCGACCCGUCCAUCAGCAUCUCCCCUUACCAUCUCCCUCCCAUCAUCCUCCCGCAUUCCCCAGCAGCCUCCCCGGUCAUACUCGUCCGACACUCUUCGUGCCACGGUCACCACCGCCGCCGCCGUCGCCGCUACCGGCGCCAACAUGCUCCCCACCCCUCCCUCCGUUGCCGCCAGCAGCUCGCACUCCACCUCAUCAUCAGGAGACUACUUCUCCAUCCAGCACCACAACGCCCACGUUCACCAGCAUAUGCAUACCCAGCACUACUCGCCCCUCAACAGCUUUGCCCGUCUCCACCUCGACGAGGCUACUCCCGGUCUCCUCCGCCGCGACUCGGGUGCCUCGACGUGCUCGUCAUGCUCGUCGUCCUCGUCGGCGGGCGGUACCCCUUCUGGUGACUUCUGCAACGUCACAGUACACGACGACGACGCUUCCACCAUCCACGGCCACGACACGUACGCGGCACAGUACACUACCCAGUACCGCAAGGGCUCAUACCCUGGGUACGACGACAAGCUCAUGGAGGCUCAGUCGACCGCUAUGGCCACCACCCCACCCCCACCACCUGCGGCUGAGCCCAUGUGGAAGAAGCUCAGCUUCAAGCAGGCACACCUCCUGCGACCGACGAUGCGGCGGGCCGCCAACGUCUAAUGACAUCCAUCCCCUUGCUUCCAUCUCGCUCUCAUCUCUCAAAUCAUACUUUCACGCCACCCUAAGCAGCCUUCACGUCUUGGGUUAUCCAGUUGUUGUUGUAGACAAAACGCACGCAUAUAGAGCCGCCAGCCGUCUCCACCAUCUCACGCUUGCCUCCCCAUAGGUCAUCCAGUCUAGUACAUGCAUGUCUGUUACGAC